AUGAGUUCCUUAGUGUUCUCACAGCCUUCCCAGUGCACUGAAAAGGACUUGGAAUGGGAUUUACUGGGAAGCACCACCAAAGACUUUCUGGAGGCACUCCAAAUUGUCAGUAAGGUUUCAGCAGAUAAUGAACUAGAAGCCCUCAAGUUGCUAGAAUCAAAAAUCUCAAACAACACCAUUUCAGCUGCAUUACACCAGAGAGUGACAGAUAUUAUCACCAGCCGCCUGAGGAUAAUGGAGCCUGAGGGAGAACUGGAGGAGAUGUUUACUUCAGUCCUGGUGGCUCUUGGGUCUUCCUGCCCAGGAAUAAUCAUGGCCAGCCUAUGGAGCAAACAGUAUUCGGGCAGACUUCCCCCAAGGACCCUCCUGUUGGCAGUGGGGAAACUCAUCCUGCAGUCAGGUACAGCCAUGUACAUUGGUGCCACAUGGGCAUAUGUCUUGCGCCUGCUGAGGAGGACCCAGGAGGCAGAGAAGGAGAUGUUGGUGCUGUGUCAGGUGGUCAGUGGACUGGCUACCAGUGCCCGGAAGCACCUGGAUAUGGGCUCUGUGGGGGAGCACGCGAUGGACAUUGCCUCCAAUGAACUGGCCAUCAAGGCCUACCUCACUCUUCGGGUUCUCUUCAACCGUUGGCCCUUGGUGACCAAGAGCAGGGUGGCAGAGAAAGUCCUGGUGAUCACCAGCCACCUCUUCUUCCUCAUCCCACCAUCCAAACUCAAGAAGCAGGUGAACUGGUUAAUGCGACGGUUAACAACUUUGGCAUUGACAGAUCUAAGGUCUUUCUACAUUUCCCAGUGCAUUUGCCAGAUGUUGGAUGCUAUAGCUGUCAGUGGCUAUGGAGGUGAGAACUUGAAGUUGCAGCUGGAAACCAUUGCCAGCUUGCUGUUCCAGGUGCUGAGUGAAAAAGUCAUCCAGUCAGAACCCCUCUCUGUACAGAGCCACACCUCAGCCCUGAGAGCUUUCUACCUGCUGAGCAAAUUAUACAGGGAUCCUCUGUUUGAAAUGCUUCAAGAAAGGAUGAAAGCUGAGGACCCGGAAGCAGUCGUGUCAACACUGGAGGUCUUCAAGGAGGUCUUCCAUGGAGUGCCCCAGACAGAGGAGCUGAAGAGGGACAUGAUGGACUCCAUUGUUAUGGUGGUGCAGGAGGAUCGUAAACCAGUGCGCACAGCCCUCCUGAACUUCCUUGAGAUGCUGAGCCAUCUCGAAUACUUGAACCUUCCCAAGGGAAACAUCAUCAUCAAAUACCUCAUCAAACUCAGUGGAUCAGAGCCCGUGAAUGAAGAGGCUAUCCGAAACCAAUGUUUCAAAAUCCUGCAGACGGUACCCUUGCCCAAACUGAUGACCUUGGUGUGUGAGCCCAGCAACGCUUCAGCCUUCGUGGUCCUAUGUGAGAGUGCCACAGAGGUAGCUCUGAAGGCCCGGGCCCAGGGAAAGUCCCCCUAUCUCAGCAGCUUCCAACUCACUCCCUCUGAGUUCGUCUCCCCACAGAAACUCCUGACCCAUCUUGUGCUGUGUGCCCAGCAGCCCUACAGAGAAAAGGUGUUUGGCAUCAGCUCCCUAAGGCUCCUCUAUGCCCUGCACCCCAUCACAUCUCUGCACCCUGUCGUCAAUGCGGGCGUGGGCCAGCUGUGGAUGAAGGAGAUCCCCCAGAUGUUGAAGAUACUGGAAGAGCACACAGAGAAGACCCUGAAUCAGGAACAGUGGGAGGCCAGGCUGCUCCAGUUUUCCAAUCAGUCACUGGCGGCCAUCAAUGAUGACAGGUGGCUGGAGCAACUCUCCAUGAGCGUCCUGGACAGGAUAGUUGGGAACCAGGACAACCAAGACAAGCAGGAGCAGAAGGCUUUCCUCUACAAAUUUUUUGGCUUCACCCUGCGAACCUCAAGGAAUUCGAAACUGGUGCAGACGAUGCUCUCCGCCUUGCUAGACACCUCCCAUAAGGAGCUGCAAGAGAGGGAGGGCAUCGCUAUGGCACUCAGUAUCAUGUCCCCGAGACAUCUGACGACAGUUCUGGACCAACUGCAAGAGUAUGGCACUAAACUCACUGACAAGGAUACAUCAUCCAUCCUCAAACUGAAGAAGGAGCUGCAGCAAAAGGAGUGGGGGCUGGUCUGUCACACCAUCUACUUGAGCUACAGCACAAUGAUUUCAGAGAGGAAGGGUGCCAUCUCAAGGCAUCUGGAUUCCAUCUUGGCCUUGGUCCUGCAACACUACCACAACUGUAUUGUGGAGAAGGAUACGACUCUGAAGCUGGCUUAUCUGGAUGCCCUGUCCCACAUGACAACCAUCCUGAGCAACCAGCCCGUCUACUUGCCAAUCAGAAUUCCCCACAAAUUAGACAUUGUAGCCUUCAUGGGGGAGCUAAUUAGGGAGGAGCCACUGGACUGCAUCUCCAGCUCCAUUAGGCGGACAGCAAUCAAAGUUGUCAACGACUUCAGGAAGUUCGAACCUUUCUUGGACACGGAGAGCAGAGCACACUUCCUUCUCACAUGCUACAAGGGCGUGUUCUCCCUGCCCUCCUUAGAGGUCCUCCUGGAGGAGGCGCCUGAUCCCGCGGAGGGCCAGGCCAGAGAGGAACUGCUUAAGACGACCCUGCUAUCUCUCCUGAGGUUCCUGGAAGCUGUUGUCACCGAGAAGCCUGUUCAUACCCAGACCUGCUUGGAGCUGCUAGAGACAUGGCUGAAUUCCCAGAAGAACCAUGAGCGGGAACGGGCCAUGUGGUGUGCUGCCCGCAUUCUUGGCUAUACUAUAAAAAUGAAUAACUUCAAAAUGGAAAUUCCGUUCACCCAUCUGGGGCACCUGGUGAGGAUGCUGGCUGUGCGCUGUCAGGACCCUGUGGACAACAUCUGCUACUUGUCUUCCCAGGCUGUCUACAGCCUCUACAGUAUCCUCCUGCUGCAAAAGCAGAUGACAAGGCAAAAUCAAAACUUGUGGGAAGAAGACGGCAGGGGUGAAGUUUAUAGUCCCAACAUCUUCUACAACAGCACCUUUAAGAUUGGCGAGGCAUUUGCAGGGUACUUCACCCAGCUCCAUCUCACCAACAUGGUGCUGAAGGUCAUGGAUGACCUGACUGAGAGCAAACCCAGGUUGUCUCUGGCUGCUGCCCAGCUGAUGAGCGCUGUUAUGAAAAAACGGGGCAAGGACAUGAUAAAGGUGAAGGAAAUAGCAGAGGGCAUCCUUCAACGGCUCAACUGGAAUCUGGAGCCCAACACAAAGGAGGAGACCCUGCAGGCCAUGUGUGCGCUGGCAGGUAGCAACACCUGCACCGUCAUCCCCAUGCUGCUCAGCAAGCCACUGCCCUGGGACAGAAUCACUUUGACCCUGUGGAGGAAACUUGGCACUGAGAGAGACACGACAAUCAAUGUCCUGCAGUGGCUCAUUGGCAUCCUGGAAAUGGCCCACUCGACAGAGGAAACAGCAGAAAUGGACUACCAGCCUGUGGCUGUGACAUGUGCCUUAUGUGAGAUGCUGUCAGGAGCCCUGUGCCAAGAGGCUGUCCAGGAGCUCUUGCCGCGGCUGUUGCUGGCUGUGCUGUGGCAUAUCUACUGGGUGACUCAGCAAAAUGCUCCCCAGAAGAUGGUGGUGUACAUCCAGGAAGGGUCCUCAGAAAGCAAGAAAAAUUCCUUUGAUUCCACUGGGUGUGCCCUGAAGGUAGUGAAGCUGGUGCUACUGGCAGGCUCGUAUGAGGGAGUGGUGGUCUAUGCAAGUGACUAUAACUGCUGGGAACGUCUGUCCAGCCCCAAAUCUUAUUAUAUUGGGAUCAUGGACUUGACAAGCGCAAUGGUAAAGAUGUGUGAUCCCUCUAUUCUUCACCGAAUCCUAAACCAUGUCAAGAACUCCCUCUACAGCUUGGAUGAGGGUAGAAAGAUUCUGACCAGGGCCUUCUAUGCACAGCUCCUCUGGCACCGAUCAAUAGCACAAACAGAGGGGCAAGACUUUCUGGGCAUUCUAACCCAAUGGCUCAAGGAUCCUGAUCAUGUUAUGCAAGAAGUUGGUCUCCGGGGAAUCAGUAAUCUGGCACUGCACCAAGGAAAUUCAGAGGCUCUCAAAAGCCUGAUUCCCUCCUUGCGAGGCUUUCUGACUGCUGAUGUGCGGGUGACAGUGCAGGCGGUGAAGUGCCUGCGGAACAUCAUCUACCACUGGCAGGGCGAGGACAUCAAGGCCAUCUUCUGCAGCAUCUGCCCACAUCUGCGUCCCCUCAUCAAUGACGCGAGGGAUCUGGUGAGAAUUGUAGCCACCUCUGCCCUGGGCCACAUGCUGAAAGGGGUCAUCAAAUACAAGCCAGGAGCCACCAUGAAGAAGGAACUGCAUAAAUUUUUGCUCCCACUCCUAUUAAGCAUACAGGACAACAACACCGAGGUGGUCAAGGCCUGUAGAGGGGCCCUCACUGAAUGGGUGAAGGUCAUCGACUGGUCGUCACUGACCCACACCUACCAGCACACCACCCUCAGUGACCACCUCCAGGUGAUAGAAGAAACCUGCAAGUACCUGGCCUACCCAGGCAAACACCAGAUCCUGGGGGAGUUGCUGUCCCAGAGCUUUAUGUUCCUGAAGAGCCCGCAGACCUUCCUCAGGAUAGCUUCGGUCACUUUCAUAGGAUUCACUAUUAGGAAAAUGAACAUGAGAUACGUAUUUGAGGAGGACUUGCAGGUGAUAAGGAAUGGUGAGUAUGGCCUUGUACCUGGGUUCUGCAUUACACAAAUGGGUGGGAUGGGGUAG